AUGGGCAGACCAGCUGGAAAUGAUGGAAAACUAUCGACUUCCAAAGAUGUUCUCCUCCAUAUAUAUCCUUUUCUUCAUUAUCAUCAUUUCAUCAUCGUUUCUUUCAUCGUUUUCCUUUUCUUCAUUAUCAUCAUUUCAUCAUCGUUUCUUUCAUCGUUUUCCUUUUCUUCAUUAUCAUCAUUUCAUCAUCGUUUCUUUCAUCGUUUUCCUUCAUUAUCAUCAUUUCUUCAUCGUUUCUUUCAUCGUUUUCUUUUUCUUCAUUAUCAUCAUUUCUUCAUCGUUUCUUUCAUCGUUUUCCUUUUCUUCAUUAUCAUCAUUUCUUCAUCGUUUCUUUCAUCGUUUUAUUUUUCUUCAUUAUCAUCAUUUCUUCAUCGUUUCUUUCAUCGUUUUUCCUUUUCUUCAUUAUCUUCAUUUCUUCAUCGUUUCUUUCAUCGUUUUCCUUUUCUUCAUUAUCUUCCUUCUUCCUUUCACUAUCGUUUUCUUUCCACGUUUUCUUUUCUUCAUUAUCUUCUUUCCUCGUUUUUUCUUUCUUCAUUAUCUUCUUUCUUCAUUUCUUCAUCUGUUUCUUCCUCUUUUUUCUAUUCUUCUUUAUCUUCCUUCUUCUUUUCAUCAUCAUUUUCUUCUGUUUUCUUUUAUCAUUAUCUUCUUUCUUUCUUUCAUCAUCUUUUUCCUUUUAAUUAUUAUCUACCUUCUUCAUUUCUUCAUUGUAUUCCUCCUUUAUUUUCUUUUUCUUUUUUUUUCAUCAUCUUCCUUCUUCAGUUCAUUGUUGUUUUCCUUCCCCGUGCAUUUUUCUGCAUUAUCUUCUUUCUCCCUUUCAUCAUCGUUUUCCUCUUUCAUUAUCUUCGUCGUUUUCAUCAUCAUUUUUCUCUUUUUUAUAUUAUCUUUCUUCUUCAUUUCUUCAUCGGUUUGUUCUUCGUAUUUCUUCAUUAUCUACUAUCGUUAAAACCCCAACGUUUUCUUUCUUGCUUUUUUGUUUUUCUUUUCUUCAUCAUCUUUAAAUUCCUUUCUUCGUCUUUUUCUUCUUUUAUUUGA